AGAGCAAGCAAAACUCCACCAGCACGCCACAUCCCUGGCAGUUCUUCACGAAGCAGCGGCCUUGCCAGAUAGUUCACCACGACCCCGUCCGCCAUGGCUGCUCUCGCUCAACCCGCCGCGCUGCAAACUCGCUGGCCGCAACCUCUUCUAGGAGGCCGACGCCUCUUGGCUGCACCGCAGACCAAGGUGGCCGUGCGUCCUCUCAAUGCGGCCAGCGGCAAGUCGGCGGCAGUGCCCGUCACGAGGGCCUCGGCCAUCAUGGACUAUGUCUCCGAUAUGAGCCGAGCCGCCCCCAAGGGUCUCUUCCCGCCGGAGCCCGAGAAGUACGAGGGGCCGAAGCUCAAGGUGGCCAUCGUGGGCGCGGGGCUCGCCGGCAUGUCCACCGCCGCUGAGCUGCUGGACCAGGGCCACGAGGUGGACAUCUACGAGGCACGGCCGUUCAUCGGCGGCAAGGUGGCGAGCUUCCAGGACAAGGACGGCAACCACAUCGAGAUGGGUCUGCACGUCUUCUUCGGCUGCUACAACAACCUCUUCCGCCUCAUGAACAAGAGCGGGGCCGUGAACAACCUCCUGCGCAAGGAGCACACGCACGUCUUCAUCAACAAAGGCGGCGUCACUGGCGAGCUGGAUUUCCGGUUCAUCACGGGCGCUCCCUUCCACGGGCUCAAGGCGUUCUUCACCACCAACCAGCUCUCGCCGGUGGACAAGGCGUUCAACGCGCUGGCGCUGGCGACGAGCCCCGUGGUGCGCGCGCUGGUGGACCCCGAGGGCGCCUUCCAGGACAUCCGCGACCUCGACAAGGUGAGCUUCAGCGAGUGGUUCACGUCGCACGGCGGCACGCGCGAGAGCAUCAAGCGCAUGUGGGACCCGGUGGCGUACGCGCUGGGGUUCAUCGACUGCGACAACAUCAGCGCGCGCUGCAUGCUCACCAUCUUCGCCUUCUUCGCCACCAAGACCGAGGCCUCCGUGCUGCGCAUGCUCUGCGGCUCGCCCGACCGCUUCCUCGCUGGCCCCAUCGCCAAAUACAUCACCGACCGCGGGGGGAGGUUCCACGUGCGGCAGCCGUGCCAGGAGGUGCUCUACUCCACCGCUGCUGAUGGCUCCACAGUCGUCACUGGGCUGCGCAUGAAGCAGGCUGGAGGCAAGGAGCAGAUCGUGACGGCUGAUGCCUAUGUUGCUGCUCUGGACGUGCCUGGGGCGAAGCGGCUGGUGCCGGGGGAGUGGCGGGAGCGGUGGGCGCAGUUUGCGGACAUCUACCAGCUGGAGGGCGUGCCGGUGAUCACCGUGCAACUGCGCUAUGACGGCUGGGUCACUGAGAUGAACGACAUCGAACUCUCUAGGCAGCUGGCCCGGGCGGCCGGCCUGGACAACCUGCUGUAUUCGCCAGACGCGGACUUCUCGUGCUUCGCUGACCUGGCGCUCACCAGCCCCGACGACUACUACAAGGAGGGCCAGGGCUCCCUCAUGCAGGUGGUGAUCACCCCAGCAGACCCCUACAUGCCCCUGACCAACGAGGCCAUCGUGGCAAAGAUGAAUGACCAGGUGAUGGACCUGUUUCCGUCGGCGCGCGGGCUGAACCUGCUGUGGCACAGCGUGGUGAAGAUCAACCAGUCGCUGUACCGCGAGGCGCCCGGCCUGGACCAGUUCCGGCCCGACCAGCAGACGCCGGUCCCCAACUUCUUCCUCGCCGGCUCCUACACCAAGCAGGACUACAUUGACAGCAUGGAGGGUGCCACACUGUCGGGUCGGAGGGCAGCGGCGCGCAUCUGCGAGGCGGGCGAGGCCAUCAGCCGGCUCAGCGCCGCGCAAAGACAAGCCGCCCCUGCCACUGCUGCUUGACCUCCGUUUUGCUCCUAGUGUCUUGUAACCACAUGACAAGUGGUACCAUAUUCAAUAAUAACUGGUUGUGCUUGUGCUAGUUGCUUGUAAGUAAUUUGGUGGCACCAUCUAGCCUGCCGUGGGAAGCAUGAAUAGUCAAGGCCCAUGGCGUGUGGCGUGCAUGGAUGGGAUGUGGCUUAUGGAAACAAGGCUGAAUCCACCAUGCCAUGACCAUGCCAAGUGCGGGUCUUUUCCUGCAAAACAAGCUUACCGUUGUUGCUCGAAGUGACAUUGAACAUGCAUAAGACUAGAAUGACUAUGAGGAAUAUGGUACGGUC